AUGCCACCACCAACACCACGCACACCUCUCCGAAGACUCUCCCAAGGAUCGCUUUCCCGCCUGUCGCGCUCAGGUGCAUACCCUGACGCCCCCCAUGGACUCGGUUUUCUCGAACCCGCGCUCGCGGAGCUGAUCGACGAAGCCGAGACCCUUCAGACCAACGCCGAAGGCCUCUGCACCCUGGAGAGAUCGCUAGCGGUCUUCAACGAGAGCUUCGCGAGCUUGCUGUACGUGAUGAACAUGCACGCCCUCACCACGGACUUUCCCCAAGCACCGAGCGAUGCAUCUUUUGCCUUAGCAUCCCGGAGAGCAGAGGAAGAUGCGCGCGCCGCCCUCGAAGCCAUCCGAGCGGCUGAGACCGCCGCCGCCGCCCGGCGACCCCCCACACCCGAGAAGACUACCACCACCGACCGCUCCGCGGGCGACCACACGGCGACCACAGAUGCGACGAUGUCCACCCAGCCGGACUUUGCGGAUAAACCCAAGUCCAUAUUGAAGAGGAAAGGGCCACGCAAGCUGACGGCGAAGGAAAAGCGCGAGCGUGGCUUGGAGCUGGAGAAGAUCCUUGCCGCUCUACCUUUGGAGUUCAGAGGCGACGACCCGAACCUGCGGAGGAACAUCGAGCAGGUCAUCGAGAAGUUUUUGGACAACCCGGGAGACGCGUUCAAUAUCAUGGCAUUCGUCAGGCUGCCUGAGCUUAACCAAGCAAGGGCGAACAAGUGCCUGAUUGCGCUCGUCAAUCGCAAGAUCGUUAUAAAGGAGAACAGUACGGGUACUGUAUUGUAUCAUUGGCAAGGGCCGCCUCCGUGA